CAACUCCUAGACCUAUGGUCAUUGUUGGAAGCGUAAAUGUUGCUAUGACUACUAAAGCCUCAGUGACUGAACUAAACAGAAAGGAGAGCCUGCUCAAUCUCUGAGAGUCAUAUCAAGCAAGUCUGUAGACAUGUCUGUGGAAAAGAUGUCAAAAGAUGAAGAGGGAUUACAAAGGACCCUGGGACUUAAGAAGAUGAUUGACAGGUGGCAAAUUUUACAUACUCGGUGUCUGUGGCAGAUGAUGUUAAACCAGAGGAGAAACCUAUAUGCCAUCCUAAGGAUGCAGCAUACCAUGAAACAAGAGGUGGCACUGGCCAACAAACAACUCCUGCUGGUUCGUCAGGCUGCCCUGCACCAGCUGUUUGAAAAGGAGAAUCGGCAGUACCAGAAAGAAUUGCAUCAGAUGGGCAAAGCUUUUUAUGUGGAGAGACUCUGAUGGCCUCUGGAAUACUGUCCUUCCAUUCUCACCAUGCCUGCUAAACUAGUCUUCUUGAACCUCUACCACUUCGAACUUCCUUCCCCCAAAGACACCUAAACCUAGGUUUCUGCCCAGCACUAAAGAACAUGCUCCCACUUGCCGCUUUUUUAUAUCUGCUCCUGGUGCUUUUGGGAAACAAUCUAUGCAACAAUAGUAAAAGCAAGAGUGACGCCUUGUGGUCAGAAUGAGAUACACCGUGGAUGUAUUGGGGGAGCAGGGGGUGUGGUGGAGAGGUGAUUAAUGUGAGAGUAGAGAACCCUGGUUUGGUUUAACAAAUGAAUAAAACUAGCUCAUAAAAGUUCAAACUUAUACCACGGGCU